GUCAUUAUCAUCAAGUCAAUUCAUAUGGCAGUAAUAAUAUUGCCGUGGCAAUCCUGUUUUCUCGUCUGGAUAAACUUGAUGAGUACGAUAACACUGGAUGUGAGACAUUGUCGUAUGUUCCUUUGUCUCAACUUGAUGUUGACUGGAAAUAUCCUGGAUAUGGCAAAAUGAGCAUGGGAAAUACUCACUUAGAAAAUGCAAGGUAAAAAAUGCGCUUUUUAAAACGGUGCUCCAAUGCAGCUACAGAUUGUAAAUUCAAGAUAUGAAUUUAUAACCUGAUUUGAGUAAAUAUAUAAAGGUGUCUCCCUACGUUUUUAAAAAUGUGGACAAUGCGUAAAAAUUAGAUCAUCUCUUUGAAGAAAUGUUGCUUGCUAGAAAUCAGAGAUUGUUCAGCAUAUACAGGGUGUGUAUAAAAAGUAGACAAUUUUGAAACUGCUCUCAAUUUCACAAAUCCGUUAAUUUCAUGAAUUUUUUUAUCAAUAUAGAUUGUUUGGGUACUUAAAAAAAAGUAAAAUAGCGAUAUGCAAAUUAGGUAAACGCAUGAAUUAGCAUGCGUGAUGGGCAUUGGUGCCCAAAAAUGUAAGUUUGAGCAGCUAUUUAAAAAUAUUUCAGACUUUUCAAUGAUUUUUCAAAACCUAGCCACGAUGUAAAAUAUUGAAGAUUUAAAUACCCUUUAAUUUAUGAGUUCACAGCAACCAGGUAUAUCAGUCAUGUUUUCGUUCACUACUCUGUUUUUAAUAAAUGAAUGCAAAACCCAGUCGAAUUGCAUUCACGACCCAACGUUUCGACACUCCAAUCUAUAUAGUGUCUUCAUCAGAAGUGAUCUGAUGUCGCAACGUGGCUUCUUACAAACCAAUGGGAUGGCGUCAUCUACGAUCAAGGUUGACAUAUUCUUGUGGUAAAUGCACCGUUAUUUCUGUUCAAAUCAGUGAUUACUGAUAUUUUUUGCCACGCUUCCGAGCAAUGUCUUUGCCCUUGGGCAUUGCUAGGUGGUAAUCACUCCAGCGUUUUCCCACGCAAUCACGUGUUUGGUGUCACACACAUUUGCCACAAGAACAUAUCCAUCUUGUUGACAGAUGACGCCAUCUUUGCGACUUCAGAUCACCCCUGAUGUCAAAACGUUCGGUCGUGAAUGCAAUUGAACUUUGCAUUCAUUUAUUAAAAGAAGCGAAAACAUGACUGUUAAAAACUCUUUCUAAACUGUUUAGAGAAAUAUUGAAAGAAGCUGUACAAAGAGGAGAAUUAACUUUGGAAUCUAUUCCUAUUUUCCUCAAG